CACACCGCGGAGAGCCUGUCAUUUAAAAUACAGCAGCGAGGAUAUUCUGUUUUAAGCCUCUACAACUCAUAACUGCAGGGGAAGAGGACAACAAAAAUAACACCUAUUCUGCUUCCAUUUUUACCGGGUUUUCUUUAUUUAUUUUUUUGAAAAGCCAGCGUAGAGCGGAGAAUUUAAGACGAAAUUUCUCUUUUUUUUAAGCCGGUGGAGCCUUAGCUAGAUUGCUAACCUCAGCAAGUUGCAGCUGGAGAAGCUAGCAGCACUGAAGACAACAAAAGGAUUUCAUCAUUUCUAUCGCAGACGAGCGGUGCUGCGAGCGACGGACACAUGAAGCAUGAGAGGGUGGAGCUGAGGCUCAGCUGACCCUUUCCCUUCCUUCUCCUCCUCUCCCCCCCGUGCUCCAUUCGAUCAGCACCUCUCCCCCCCACCCUUCCCCUCCUUUUCCCCUUCCUGAGUCCCUCACCCUGUUGGAUCUCACCUCUCAUCUCGCCUCCCCUCCUCCUCCUCCAAUCAGCCAAGCCCAAUGUACUCCCCGGAGCAGGAAAACAUCUCCACCACCUCCUCCACCAAAGUGCCAGUGAAGUAUGGAGAGCUCAUUGUGCUGGGGUACAAUGGCUCUCUGCCUAACGGGGACCGGGGCCGACGUAAGAGCCGCUUUGCACUUGGUAAGAGACCGAAGGCAAACGGGGUGAAACCCAGCACAAUUCACAUCGCCUGCUCUCCACAGGCAGCCAAGGCCAUAAGCAACAAAGACCAGCACAGCAUCUCUUACACUCUCUCUCGAGUCCAGACGGUGGUGGUGGAGUACACACACGACAGCAAUACAGACAUGUACCAGAUUGGUCGAUCCACAGAGAGUCCGAUAGACUUCGUAGUGACGGACACGGUGGCGGGCAGUCAGAGUAACGCAGACACGCAGUCGGUCCAGAGCACCAUCUCCCGCUUCGCCUGCCGCAUCAUGUGCCAGCGCACGCCGCCUUACACCGCACGCAUCUACGCCGCCGGCUUCGACUCCUCAAAGAACAUUUUCCUCGGGGAGAAGGCCGCUAAAUGGAAGACGCCUGAUGCUCAAAUGGACGGCCUCACGACAAACGGCGUGCUGGUGAUGCACCCCCGAAACGGCUUCACCCAGGACUCCAAACCCGGCGUCUGGAGGGAGAUCUCGGUCUGCGGAAACGUCUUCACGCUGCGGGAGACUCGCUCAGCACAGCAGCGGGGGAAAAUUAUAGAGACGGAGAGUCAGGAGUUGGUGGACGGCUCCCUCAUCGACCUCUGCGGCGCCACCCUGCUCUGGCGCACGGCCGAGGGCCUGGCGCGCACCCCCACCCUCAAACACCUGGAGGCGCUGCGGCAGGAGAUCAACGCGGCGCGCCCGCAGUGUCCCGUGGGCUUCAACACACUCGCCUUCCCCUCCAUGCGGCGCAAGGACACGCCGGACGAGAAGCAGCCCUGGGUGUACCUGCAGUGCGGCCACGUGCACGGAUUCCACAACUGGGGGAACCACCGCGAGGAGAGGGAGGGCCGGCAGAGGGAGUGCCCCAUGUGCCGCGCCAAAGGGCCGUACGUGCCGCUGUGGCUGGGCUGCGAGGCGGGCUUCUACGUGGACGCCGCCCCCCCCACACACGCCUUUAACCCCUGCGGCCAUGUCUGCUCGGAUAAGACGGCGGCCUUCUGGAGCCAGAUCCCACUGCCGCACGGCACACACACCUUCCACGCCGCCUGUCCCUUCUGCGCCCAGCAGCUGAGCGGGGAGCAGGGCUUCGUCAGACUGAUCUUCCAGGGGCCCCUCGACUAGCGGCCCCUCGACUGGCUGCCCUGCAUCCUUCGGGUGAGGUGGAGGGGGGAGUUUUUCUGUUAAAGACCCUGCAAAGGAAACGGGGAGCGACACAGAUUUCGUUUCCCUCUACGAUACAAACUUUUUUCUGGACCUUUUGUCUCUUUCUCAUUUUUAAGUGACCUUUGUAUUGCUUUUACAUGAAUGACAACAAAGAUUUCUAUAUUUUCAUGUGAAACCAGAGACACAAAAACCAAACAGAGAACACUGCUGGGUAAACGUUUUGUUUGUUUCUCGGAAAGAACUUCCAACGACAGUAUUUUUCUAAAUGACGAACACACCGUUGUGCAAGCUCACGGUUUUUAUUCACGUUUAUUGUUGCAAUAUGCAUCUGUGUACAUCUCUUAAAGCUAAUUUAAACAAAGACGUUUAUUUAUGGCCCAGUUUUAUCUGUCAGAUAUGCCUAACUUCAAAACUAUUUAGCAUUUUAAUUUUAAAUACAGUUUAUUGUUAGUCAGAUGUAAAGUUUAGAUGUGUUCUGAGGGUCUGUCUGUCCUCAGAUCUGUUUGUCGUAUUUAUACACCCCGUCCUCUGGCGUGCUCUCACCUGUUUACCCUUCAGCUUCAACUUCUCGCCUUUUCCCAUUCAAAGCAAUAGAUCUGGAAACCUCCCAAAGCAUUAUGGGAAACUGAGUCUUCUUGGUGUCUGGGUAACUCUCAGGCACCCUCAAUGGAGCGCUCCCGCCCUUUAAAGUCCGACUGACACUUUUAUAUGUGCGUGAUCUUUUCUGAUCAGAGAAUAGCCAUGAUACCGCAGCUAUGUAGCUAACACACACACACACACACACACACACACACACACACACACACACACACACACACAC